AGGCUGGCACGACUAAAGCCUUCACUCUGCAGUAUGUGUGUUGGCUUGUCAGUCGUUUUGCGUUGGAAUUUCUGGAGGCUCUCCCAUCAGACCGCACUUCCCACAACCGACUAAUGAUUAAUAGAAAAUCUGCAUCGUUCUGCAACAGGAGCCUGCUCAUCUCCUUUCUGUGGCCUCUGUGUUGGUCUCCCAGUUCAGCCGAUGUGGACACCCAGGUGUGUUCAUGACGUGAUCAGUCAAACAGCCAUCCAGUCAUGGCGCUGUGGUGGUGUGCCAAGGUCGCCCGCAGCCUGCCUACAGCGUGGUUCUCCCUGCUCCUUUCAUCACUGCUGUGGCAAAUGAUCAUUCCUGUCCACACCGUCCCAUCCUGCCCCCAGAGCUGCAGCUGUCCAGGUGUCAGAGAGGUCCACUGUACGUUCAGACACCUCACCAGCAUACCAAAAACUCUUCCUAAGGACACAGAGCGGCUGAACCUGGGAUAUAACAGCCUGACGGAGGUGGAGGGGUCUGAAUUCAGGUCACUGCGGCAGCUAGAAAUGCUCAUGUUGCAUGGCAACGACAUUAACACGGUUCAUCCUGGAGCUUUUUACAGCCUGAGAUCACUACAGAUCUUGAAGCUGAGUUACAACAAGCUAAGGUCAAUAAAUCCUGGUUUGUUCGAGGGUCUUGUCGGUUUGAUUCGUCUCCAUCUGGACCACAACCUUAUAGACUUUAUAGAGCCAUACUCCUUUUCUGGCCUGACCUCCCUAAAACUCCUGCAGCUGGAGGGGAACCUUCUCAAAGAGCUCCACCCGCAUACCUUCAUAACAGUGUCAGUACUAGGACACUUUUGGACCUCAGGACUCAAACACUUACACCUAUCAGACAAUCUGUUGGAGCAGUUACCUGCCAGAGCUCUGCAGACAGCUUCCAGGCUUGAGCUCCUCUCGUUACAUGGUAAUCCUUGGACCUGCGACUGUCAGCUCCACUGGUUGAUGGAAUGGAGCUCCACACAUGAAGGAGUAAUAAAGUGUAAGAAGGAACGUGGAUCCAAAGACCUAUGCCCACAGUGUUCCUCACCUCAGCACCUGAAUGGGACCCUUUUUCUCGGGUUAACUUCAGACAAGCUUACAUGUGAACGACCAGCUCUUCGUUCCCCUCUCAAAAAGUGGGACAAUCCAGUGUGGGCUGAAUCAGAAGCAGAGCCUGACGCUCCAUACACUCAGGACUUUGAAAAACCUUUAGGUCAUUUGACCAUUGUUCUCUCAGAUAGCCAUGGAAACAGUGCUCAUGUGGCAUGUGAUGUUCGCCAUCCUGGAGACAGUUCACCUAUGACGUGGACGGCAAAUCCGCGUUCACCUCGGGACUUAUCUGUCAAUGUAUCACUGGUGACUGCUAUUGAAUGCGAGAUUGAUCGAGAGAAACUGCAAAAUCUGUGGCAACUGGUUGCGUAUUACUACGAAAGCCCUGCGAUUUUGGAGAGAGGUCAUCAGAGGGGAAAUGCAAGUAGAGUAACCUAUCAGUACACACAAGCUGUGAAUGAGAACUCGCCAUAUUUCACAGAACUAAAAGGGUAUUUGGUAGCAGAACCUUCAUGGCUGCUUCAACCCAGAGUCACUUUGAGGCUUAAUAGAAAGCAGACAACGACCAAGAAACUGGUGAUGGAUUUCACUACUUUAAUUACAAAGAACAUCAACAUCCACAGGGUUGAAGAUGACUUUGCGUCUUCCUGGGCUCUAAUUCGCAGAGGGACAGCAGGACGCGUUCAGACUGCUCUUGAAGGAUCAAAGGUUAACUUAGAGUGCAGCGUCCUUACAUCUGAUCCACAGGUGAAAAUGGAGUGGAUGCUUCCAGAUUUGUCCAUUGUGGAGGAUGUAACUGAUAAAAUACACAUCUCUGAAAAUGGGCAGCUUGUGAUUUUGAAUGCCACACUGUCUGACUCCGGUGUCUACCACUGUAUUGUCAGAACCAAAGCCGGUGUGGACUUGAUGCCCUUGAGACUAACCAUCAAAGAGCGCUCACUGAGUCCAACAGCUUUCAAUGGUGAGAAAAUUACAGUUGAGAGAGGGAACACUUUCUCUCUUCCUUGUGAGGUGACCUCGGCUCAUCCCAGUCACACUAUAUGGUAUCUACCCAGAAAUCAAGUUCUUCUCCCCACACAACAGACAAGAAGAGCAGAAGUGAUGGAGAAUGGGACGUUGGUUGUAAGAAGACUGACACUAGAAGAUGCAGGGGAAUAUAGCUGCUUGGCCUCCAAUCUGUAUGGAGCUGACAUGCUGACUCACAUAGUGGAAGUCAGGGGAGAAAAGGCUUCUGAAAGGACUAAAGUACAAACUGAGAAAGAGCAUCCUAUUUUGACAGUUGCUUUGGAAGGAGGAGAAGGCUCAGGGGGAGAUUUUCAAGAAAUUGUGCAUCCUUUUUCUACACAACUCCCUGAGAAGGUAGGAUCGAGGCAAAGAAAUCCUAACGGUUUUUUGAAAAGGAUACGAAUGAAAGAUUCAAAGAGAAAACCUAAUAAAUCCAUUAAGGAGUUGGAUCCAAAUCGUUGGGCAGAGAUACUGGCAAAAGCUAAUGCGAAACCAAGUGGUGCUCUGCCCACUGAGCAGACACUUGAGGAGCCAAGCACGGUAAUCAUCCAACCAAGUACAGCCACACCUACAACUGCAGUUGCAACUAUGGUUAAUACUGCUGCUUACAACUUACAUCACACCACCACACCUCCUGAUACCAGGAUAGAAUUGACAGAUUUUCCUAUCAAUGCGAAACUUUAUCCUGAGGUACAUUCAAACACAGGCCAAAAGGAGGAUGAGAAAAAACACUCUGAAACAUUAGAAAGUCAGAUUCUUCAGACUGCUUCUCCCAGGACUACAGUUCCUUCUGGAAUUCAUCAGCCAGUCGAACAGUCAGAAAAUAAGCACUUAGGAGAGGGAGGAAGAAACGCUGACUUUGUUUCUGCUGGUUCAAACAGAAGAAGGCGCCCUUACAGACGUAGAAAACCCCCAGUGAGAAGAAUCCACCCACAUCUUAACCCCCUCUACCAUUCAUCAAACAAACCCCAAACAACUCUUCCCCCAACAACAACCACCACUCCAAUGACAACACCGCCCAUUACAACAACUACUACUACAACUACCACUACUACAACUACCACUACUACUUCUACAACAACUGUUCCAAGCACAGUGGAAAACUAUGAAACCUUAUCUGCUGAGUAUCAGACAGAGGGAGAUGAGUACUAUGAUGAAUAUAAUUACAAAACUGGUGACAGUUUGGAUGCUAAGGAAGAUUUAAAUAGUGAAACCCUUAUUACAGCUCAGGAGCUUGGCAUUAGCGUUACCCCCUUUCCAUCAGUUAAGGAAACUAAUCCCCACGUAGGUCAUUUGCCAGGUAGAAACCAUUUACCUAAUCCAAAGACAAUCGUCACUCCUAAAUUAGAUAAUCCAGCUAUACGGCCUGUUGAAGAAAAGACGAAGGAUGUUGUACACUUAAAGGAACCUGAGAUAAAUAAAGUAGAGAUGACUCAAGGAAAUGGCAUCAACAAUAAAAACCUGCUUCCAAAAGCACCAGAGGAGCAAGAGAAAUAUCAAAUAGAGACAGAAGGGAGAAAGAAAGACACAGAAAAGUUGGUUACAGAGAGCUACAAUACACGAGAUAUCUUUAGGUCAACAACACAACCGAGAUUUUACACUCGACCUUCGCCAGAGAAAAAAACACUAACGCAUGCAAAAACUUCAUCCUCCAACAUCUUUACAUCACAUUCAGCAAGAGGUGGAAACAGAGAUGAAGACACACCAAGAGAAGACAAAUGGAUACACAAACCAACUGUAAAGCCUCAAAUGAGCAAUUUCCCCGUAAUGGAGCCCCUUCACCCCUGGCUUCAUCAAACCAACCAGGGAAGAGGACAAACUACCACCCAGAGGGUUACAUAUGGAAACCAAGACAGAAACACAGGAAGGCACACUAAUGUGAAUCCAGGCAGGCAUUUCCAGCCUCCCAGAGUCCCUCCAACCUCUACCUGGUCUUUACACCAUCAUCGUCAUCAUCAUUAUCCCCUGUACCCUUCCUGGCCAGGACAAAGCUCUUUACCACAUCCAAGACAAGGGUCACACCCUGCAGCUCUCCCACACCCAUGGGCUCAUGGCUCAUUUGUCACCAACAGACCAGAAAUUACAGCUGAAACAGUCAAACCCACGCCCACUGUUUCAGGAGCAGGGAAUAUCAGACUGACUUACUCAAACACCCACCUAUCCCAACAUCAUCGUCAGAAUCAUCAUGUGGAUGGCAUGACCCAAACAAAAGACCUACUGUUUCUAACAAGGCUGAGGAACAGAUACAGACAGGCACAGCUUGAUCGCAUUGCUCAGCUGGGGAGAAUGGUUACACCCAAACCACGCCCUAGUUACUACAAUACUCCACCCCCCCUUACUGCCUAAACCCAACCUUCCAUCCCAACAU